AUGCGGUCGUUGGUGUUUUUGUUAUUAGUUGUCGGCGCCGGUGCAAUUAAUCCACUAGUUUUAUUAGGAAAGGAACGAGCAGCUAACAAUUCAGUUCCAUGUCCAGAUGGAAGCUCAUGUCCCGAUGGAAAUACGUGUUGCCAGUUAUCAUCAGGACAAUAUGGAUGUUGUCCACUUGCUGAUGCUGUCUGCUGCAGUGAUCACCUUCAUUGCUGUCCCAGCGGAUACACAUGUGAUACCGAACAUUCACGAUGCAAAAAGAAAUUCGAUCGUCCAGUAAAUGAUGUUCCAUGUCCAGGCGGUUCAUCAUCAUGCCCAGAUGGUUCAACUUGCUGUAAAUUACAAUCCGGUGACUAUGGAUGCUGUCCAUUAGACGAUGCUGUCUGCUGUAGCGAUCAUCUUCAUUGCUGUCCACAUGGAUAUACCUGUGAUGUUGAGCAUUCACGAUGCAAACAACAAAUUUCAAUUCCAUGGUUCACAAAAACAGCGGCUCGACCACGUCAACAACAUUUAGUUGAUGUUCACGAAUCAUCCAAUCACGAUGAAUCAGUUGCAUUGACAAAACUCAAUUAA